UAACUUACAUUGCCAUAUAUUAUAUGAGCCUCAACAGAAAAGAGUCGGAUCAGGAAAGUUGGAGUUUUUGUUUUCACGUGACCCGAAAAUUAGUAUCGCCUCUUUAUCUCUAAAAAUGUAAAAACCCCAAUCCACACCUUUUGAUAACUGGUUUAGCAUAAACGACAUAGACAGAUAUUAUAGAGUGAUGCCACCAUCGAUUAGGGAUAUAAAGGUAUCAUUGGGUAAGGUUCAAGUGUACCUUGAAGAACUUUCAUCUUCAUUGGAGGAGAGAGAAAGGUUGGUUAGUGUUCUCAAAUUGACUCCGUCUGCAAAUGAUAACUAUGAUCUUAUCACAUUGUUUCAGAAGCUUUUCAAAUAUUUAAAUUAUCUUAAGGAUGAUUUGGAAAUAAUGAAUAAAAGAGAUAAAAUUAACGUUGAAGAACUUAAUGGACAAUUUCAAACCGUGAUAUCAAGAUAUAAUCAACUUUGGCACCAAGCAUCUGAAGAUGGAAGUAUUGAUGUUGGUGAAUUUAAAUUUAAUCAUAUUACCAUCACAACUAGUACGAUAAAAACUACAAAGUCUACGAAGGAAGUAGGUCAAAAAUCAGUCAGAUUCCAAGACGAUGUUGAAGCUGAUGAUGAUCAUUUAAGAAAUGAAUUAAUGGGAACAAGAUCAUUUCGUCCUUAUACUGAUGCCGAAGGAGGCGAAAGUGAUAUGGGGACUGAUACGGAAUCAUUCGAUACUCAAACUAAUCAACAAAUGUUUGCUCAACAUCAACAAAUUAUACAUGAACAAGAUUCCGAUCUUGAUCUUUUGCAUGAAUCAGUGAGGCGACAACAUUCGAUGGGAAUGGCUAUCAAUACCGAGCUUGAUGAUCACAUUAUAAUAUUAAAUGACUUGGAACUGGGAAUAGAUCAAGCUCAAUAUAGACUUAAUACAGCCACUAGGAGGUUGAAUGAUUUUAGGAAGACAUGCAAGGAAAAUGGUAGUCUUGUUACUAUUGUAGUGUUGACGGUUAUACUUAUACUAUUGUUAGUUGUAUUAAAUUAAUAGUACCUAAUACUCUACUCUUACUUUUUAAUUAAUAUGAAUUCAUUAUUAUACAUUAAAUUAGAUUAUAUUAUAGUAAAUUAUAUAAGGGAAUAAGUUAAGCUUCU